UGCCACAGUGCUAAGCCACCAUGGCUCACGAAGCAACAGACAUUCGUCGCAGAAAACAGGCCUGUGAACCCUUAGGAGGAGAACUUAAACAGCCAGCUUCCACACUAGAAAGCAACUCAGGAGAUGCUAAGACGAAUUCAUCUGAAGAUGUCGAAAAGGGCAUCGAUUUGGAGCCUCAUUCAUACUGGUUAACCCGCAUCGUUUUUCUCCGAUCGCUUGCGUUUGUUUAUCUGACUGCAUUCCUGGUUGCCUUACACCAAAAUAAGCAGCUCUUUGGCCAAGAUGGACUCCUUCCAACCCGUCUCUACCUUGACCGCAUCAAAAACUACGUCGGUGGCACAGUCAAUACACAGGCUCUCUCUUUCGCUCCGACAGUCCUGUGGUUUGUGGACACGGAGGGCACUGUUGAUUAUUGGCUGGAUGUGUUGGCGUACGCUGGCAUUGCAUUGUCUGCGCUCGUGCUUUUGCUUGGAAGUGCCAACAUGGUCGUCAUGGCAACACUGUGGCUAUUAUAUCACUCCCUAGUAGGCGUCGGACAGAAGUGGUAUUCAUUUGGUUGGGAAUCCCAGCUCCUGGAGACCGGUUUCCUUGCUAUCUUCAUGUGCCCCUUAUUCAGUUUACGCCAGUUCCCUCGGCGCACCCCGACCCCCUUGGUCACCCUCUGGGGGUACAGGUGGCUGAUCUUCAGAAUCAUGAUCGGAGCGGGAUUAAUCAAAAUCCGAGGGGAUGAGUGUUGGCGGAAUCUGACCUGCAUGAAUUACCACUAUGAGACUCAACCAGUCCCUAACCCCAUCAGUUACUACUUACACCAGUCUCCCGAGGCUAUGCACAAAUUUGAAACGUUGUCCAAUCACUUCAUUGAGCUGGUCACCCCCAUUUUUCUCUUGAUCCCAUGGCGACCAACCAUGAUGCUAGCCGGAGGGAUUCAAAUUUUCUUCCAGGUGGUACUCAUCAUCAGCGGUAACCUGAGCUUCCUCAACUGGUUGACCAUACUGCCCAACAUCUGUUGCUUUGAUGACAGGAGCCUAGCCUGGCUCUUCCCUGGCUGGAUGAGCAGUGCCAGUGCGACAGUGAGGCAGAUACAGAGGGAGGAGAGGGAGGGGACGGGACCAAAGGCUACAUUUGGUGUGUAUGCACGGCGAGUGUUACACAUAAACUUGGCCGUGCUGAUUGUAUAUUUGAGUGUACCUGUCGUGACCAACCUGCUGUCCACCAGGCAAGCCAUGAACACUUCCUUUGACCCAUUGAGAAUUGUCAACACCUAUGGGGCGUUCGGAAGUGUCACCAAAGAAAGAACCGAGGUCAUCUUUGAAGGGACCUAUGCCACAAACCCCAAGGACCCCAGCGCCGUCUGGCUGGAGUAUGAGUUUAAGUGUAAGCCAGGGAAUGUGACUCGUAGGCCCUGCCUGAUCUCACCGUACCACUACAGGCUGGACUGGCUCAUGUGGUUUGCGGCCUUCCAGAGUUACGAGUCCAAUCCAUGGUUGGUGCACCUUGCUGGCAAGUUCCUCUACAAUGAUAAAGGGGUCACGUCGUUGGUAGCACACAAUCCGUUCAAGGAUGGUGAUCCGCCAAGGUUCGUCCGAGCAUUGCACUAUCGCUACCAGUACACCAAAAUUGGCAGCCAGCAGUCACAGGAGGGCGCCUGGUGGAGCCGAAAGUUCCUGAGGAGCUAUCUGCCUCCUGUCUCCCUGGAGAGCCUGGAGGGGUACAUCAAGAGCCAAAGCUGGGACCUGCCCAAAUACGCCAAAAGGAAGAUCAGGGAGCAGAGGAGGGGGAAGCGCGGAAGGUCAGCAUCAUAGGUCAAAUGUCAGAGCACAAGGAUCUUGCAUCACAGGGCAAGUUGUAGUAAUAACUACCUGUGAACCACUUGUCAAGGUUGCCUGGCACUCGGGAUAUAGUUUGUGCUCGGGAUAAUCGGCCAAAGGUUAUCACUCAAGGUUGUCUCAAUCUUGCCCACAGGUCAUACAGUGUAGACCUUAUUUUUUCUUUCCCAAUGAACAGGAGCCAAACCUCACAGAGGUAUCACCUCUCUAAAAAUUAUCUCUUUUUUUCUACUUCCUUGAGAAAUUCCAAGUUUUGACCACAUGAAUAAAGUUCAGAUACGUGCGUGUCCUUUAAGCAAAAGUAUACUUUUAUUAGAACUUCCAAAACUUUGAAAUACUGAAAAAGUUACAACUAUGGAAAACACAAAAUGGCAAGUUGGAACAAGCAAAAUAACCGUACUUAAUUAAGGGAUUUUCUUUUUUAUAUUGAAGCUUACAAGUUUACAGAAUGUGACAACAGCAGGUUUAUUUGUACUUUGUGCUGUUUUCUCCUAAAGCUAAAAACAUGGUUGAGCUAGCACUAUUUCACUUUUGGGGGUCUUCGUUUAGUGUCAGUGACAGCUAUUGAGAAUAUCUGCAUAAAGUGGAAAUUUUAAUUUCUAAGCUUAUGUUAUGGUAUCAUCUAAGCUCUGCUUUCGGUCCAGUCGAUAAAUUGUAUAUUUUGUGCGAUCAUUUUCUGAAAAGAUAAUGUUGCUUCAUAAGUUCUGCCUGUAUCAAUUUAAAAAUAUGUCAAAUCAGUUAUGAUUUUGCAGCUUCUUGCUUUUUAGUUUGAUCUGAAAAAAUAAACACUGAUUUUAUAAAUUACAAUAAUAAAAUAUGAUUGUACAAUAACACCUUUUUGGUUUUAAUAAACUUUCAUGCAUAUAACUCUUUAUAUGAAAAAAUAAAAACUUGAGAAAUGAAUAUUA